GAUAGACAAUCGUCCAACUUAAAUACUUUGAAUGAUUUGGACGAGUCCAAAUUUGAUUGACGAAUCAUUUUUCAUUAUGUGAAUAGCAGCUCAAUUAUUUGUAUUGAGUAAAAUUUGAAUUGAAAAUGACAAGGCAACCAAACCCGUUUUGAAAGUCGCCAACUAAGCAUUUAUGUACAGAUAGAUAGUCUCUACGCGGCGGGACAAAUCUCCGACAAUCCUCCCAAAGUUCGUUCCUCAAAAUCUCUCUCUCUCUCCUUCUGUUUGUGAAUGGAAACACUCCGGAAACAAGCCUCGAAGUUCAGGGAACAGGUCGCCAGGCAACAGCAGGCUGUCUUCAAGCAGUUUGGGGCUGGAGGAUAUGGAGGUUCAGAUAAUGUUGUUACUGAUGAAGCAGAGCUCCAUCAGCAUCAAAAACUUGAAAAACUUUACAUCUCAACAAGGACUGCCAAGCAUUUUCAAAGAGAUACUGUUCGGGGAGUAGAAAGUUAUAUUGUUACUGGGUCCAAACAAGUUGAGAUAGGAACUAAGUUGUCAGAAGAUUGCAGGAAAUAUGGUGUUGAGAAUACAUGCACCAGUGGUAAUACAUUAUCAAAAGCUGCAUUAAGUUUUGGACGAGCUCGUGCUCAAAUGGAGAAGGAACGUGCAAAUCUAUUAAAAGCCCUUGGUACACAGGUUGCAGAGCCAUUAAGAGCAAUGGUAGUGGGAGCUCCACUUGAAGAUGCUCGACAUCUUGCUCAACGUUACGAUAGGAUGCGUCAAGAGGCUGAAGCUCAGGCUAUUGAAGUUUCCAAACGUCAAGCAAAAGUGAGAGAAGGAACAGGAAAUCCUGACAUUGUUUUCAAACUUGAAGCAGCAGAGACAAAACUACAGGACCUGAAAUCAAACAUGACAAUAUUGGGGAAAGAAGCUGCAGCAGCAUUAUCUGCAGUUGAAGCUCAACAACAGAGGUUGACUCUCCAGCGACUCGUAGCUAUGGUCGAAUCGGAACGCACUUACCAUCAGAGAGUUCUUCAGAUACUUGAUCAGCUUGAAGUGGAGAUGACAUCAGAGCGGCAAAGAAUUGAAGCAAGUCCUAGUCCACAUGUGGACAGUAUGCCCCCACCACCACCAUACGAGGAAGGUAAUGGUGUGUUUGCUUCUCCAACGCAUAAUGGAUCAACUGACAGCAUGGGUUACUUUCUGGGAGAGGUUAUGUACUCAUAUCAGGCUGAAUCUGAUGUGGAGCUUAAUUUGUCAGUUGGUGAUUAUGUUGUUGUCCGAAAGGUGGCAAACGGUGGCUGGGCAGAAGGAGAAUGCAAAGGCAAAGCAGGUUGGUUUCCAUUUGGGUACAUUGAAAAACGUGAACGUGUUCUUGCAAGCAAGGUGAUUGUUGAAGUGUUCUAAUUAAUUUACGGGAUUGAGUUUCAAUGGUGUUGUUUGUGUGUAUAAUUUUUGGAUCUGGACAUAGAACACCUGUGUGCUUUAUAUAUAUACACACACAUAUAUAUACUAAGAUUUCAAUAGCCUCUCAAUUCAAUAUGUAUGCAUAUUUUUUUUGAUUGAAACAUUUGAUCAGGUUUCUGGCUUGAUUUAUUCAUAUUCAUUAACAGAUGGUAACUAUUUUUAUUUUC